UCAUGAGAGGAUUGGGUUCCGCUCAUUUCUUGAAAUUAAAAGCUCACUCGCCUAUUUCUCCCACUGUACGAAUACGCUAUAAAAUGACGUAUUUUUUUAAAAACGCAAAAUUACUUUACAUUUUCCUAGUAUUCUUCGUUGAUGUGAAAUCUCAACUAUUUUUCCCUGGCCCUUGUCCAACACCAACGCCCCUGCCAAACAUCAAUAUUACGAGGUAUUCUGGAACCUGGUAUCUCUAUCAAACCUAUGCGUCCACCGUGCAAUUAUUCUUCUCCUGUCAACUUGGAGAAUAUUACCCACCACGUGCGGAUGGGACUUGGGAUGGUGUAACAAGAAUGACGGAACGAAUGACCGGAAAUAUAAUAUCAGUUCCUGGCACUGUAAAAUUCUUUAGUACUGAUGGCUCUGCCGUUUUUACGUCGGAUAAUCACCUCUUUUCAGGAAAUUUGCCAAAUAUUGGAAUUAAUUCUCCGGCGGGAGUAACGCUUACAAUAAAUUACAUCGUGUUAGCAACGGAUUAUUCCUCCUACGCGGUAGAAUGGACCUGUUAUGACUUUGGGAUUUCGAACUUCCAGUUCUUGUGGAUAUUCUCCAGAGGGGCAACGAUUUCUCAGAGCAAUUUACAGAAUAUUCGAAAAGCAUUGAAUUCUCAAAGAAUUAAUUCUGCCUGGUUAAGGGAUCAAGACUUAAGUGGGUGUCACUUUUUGUAGUGACAGGGUUUCCAUUAAUAUGAGAAUAAUUAUAUUUACGAAGUAUAAAAAAUAAUAUUCUACAUUUGUUACGAACAAUCUUAAAUAAAA